GUCCGGAGUGACGGUAAUGAUGGUGGGAGAGAGUGGAGGGGAGGCGAGGCGAGGGACGGCACACGGUAGCGGGCGACCCACACACAAUGCUGGAGGAACUCCGCAGGGCUGAAUGUUGGAACAGGAGAGUUAGUUUGGAACAGGUGCCAGUUUGAUUUGCAGUAUUGGUGAAUACCUAGGACAGCUGGAGGACCAGCUGCUGACAAGGAAUCUCAGAGCAAAGGAGAGUUUAAAAGGACAACUGAACCAUGUCUCGGCCACAAGCCCUAGCGCUGACUGCGGCCACGUUACUGGGUACAGCAGUAGGCUGCCUGUAUUUGUGGAGGACCCUCAGAAAACCCAAAUUGAAGAGGGCUCUAACCAGCCAGAACGGAGAGGUUGUGAACAGACAAAGUAGUUCACCAAACGGUAGUGAGGAAGCCUGUUAUCAAACCAGCACAGAUCACCCCUCAAAUCCAAGUCCACUGGUGCACAAGAUACUGGGAGCAGGUGCCUUCGUGGUGGAGUCAGAAGUCGACUGGGAUCAAGUGUGGCCACUCGUGAGGGCUGAAUUGGACCAUUACCCUGUGAUUGGAAUUGACUGUGAGUGGGUUUCUAUGAAGGGAAAGGCAAACCCUGUGUCUCUCCUUCAGAUUGCCUCCUAUAGUGGCUCGUGCCUUCUCAUCCGCAUGCCCCAGAUGAUCAGGAAUAGUUCUUUGUUACCAAAGACUUUACUACGUGUGCUGGGGGAUGACAAUAUACUAAAGGUUGGUGUUGACUGUUUUGAAGAUGGCUGCCGGUUGCUCCGUGAUUACUGUGUCACAGUCAAGGGCUGCUUGGAUUUGCGAUAUUUGGUUACACAACAGAGGAAGAAUAAUUUGGCCCAUUCCCUCAGUCUGAAGUCUUUGGCUCAAGACAUCAUUAAUUUUACCCUUGACAAGUCUCUCCAUCUGCGAUGUAGCAAUUGGGAGGCACCAGAACUCACUAAUGAGCAGGUAACAUAUGCUGCACAAGAUGCUCAGGUGUCAGUGGCUCUGUUUUUUCACUUAUUGGGAUUCAGCUCUACAUCACAUGAAGAUGCUGUCCUGUCUCAGAGUGAGCCCAGCUGGGAGCAGGUGUUGGCAAGGUGCCAAGGCCUAAAAGAUAUCCCAUUUAAGAACAAAAUGGGUGGAAGUAGCAGAAGAGAGGAGGGAACUGGUGAGACAAACUCACAGCAGAGACGGAGAAACAAGAAGCUUGGACCCAAUCAGAAAUUGCCAUGGGAUACAACUACCGUAGAUCCAAGAAAAACGCAACGCAAACCCCUUGGGGUGGGAUAUUCAGCCAGGAAAUCACCACUGUAUGACAACUGUUUCCUCCAUGCUCCAGACGGCCAACCUCUGUGCACCUGCGACAGGAAGAAGGCACAAUGGUAUCUAGACAAGGGCAUCGGGGAGCUUAUCAGCAAGGAGCCAUUUACUGUGAAGCUGAAGUUUGAACCAUCAGGAAGACCUGAGUCUCAACAAGACUAUUAUCUGAUAGCCAAGCAGAACCUGUGUGUCGUGUGUGGUAAAAAGGAGUCUUACAUCAGGAAGAAUAUUGUGCCCCAUGAAUACCGCAAGCACUUUCCGAUUCAGAUGAAAGACCACAAUUCUCAUGAUGUCCUCCUCCUGUGCACUGCCUGCCAUGCUGCCUCAAACUGUUAUGACAAUGUCCUAAAGCAGCAGCUGGCCAAGGAGUUCAAUGCACCAGUUGGUUCUGAGGAGAGCGUUCGGUUACUGGAGGACCCAGUCCGUAGGCAGGUGCGAUCCGGAGCCCGGGCCUUACUCAAUGCCGAAAGUCUUCCCAAAGCACGGAAAGAAGAACUUCAAGAUAUCCUAAAGGCUUUCUUUAAUGUGGAGGUAUUGUCUGAAGAGUUGCUUGAAGAAGGAGCGGCACUGGAAACCAGGAUAUUCAAUGAGAGUCACAUCCCCCAUGGUCUAAAAGUGACACAGUCUUGCGCUGUUGGUGGGCUCCGAGCCUUGAUGUCUUUGGAGAAACGCUGGCGACAGCACUUCCUGGAUUACAUGCAGCCCCAGCAUCUUCCACCUUUGUGGUCUGUGGAUCAUAAUCACAGUAAGCUCCUCCGCAAGUAUGGAGAGGACUUAAAGCUUGAGCUAACAUGAAAUAAUUUGGAUAUGAUUUGAUCUCAAUUUUGUGUUUUUCUUUGCAAUACUUCUCAAAAUUAUGAACAGUGAUUGCAUGAGAAUACAUGUAUCAGUCAGCUCAUCAAGUUCUGGGAAGGAAUAUGUGCUUUUUAACAUACGAAGGAUAAAGACUGGAACAGUUUAACACAACUUGAGGCACUAUGAAGUAACACAUUUCAUAAGUUUAUUAUGAAGAUAAUACAUCAUACAAAUACAGUUAACCUAUAUUAGGAUUUGUAACAAAAACUAAAGAACAUUUUUAAACAAAAUAUUUGUAUGACAAGACCAGAGAAGUCUUCUGUAUGAAUUUACAACACCUGGACUAUGACAGGAGAAAUUGCUGUUAACAUGCUAGGACAAUUCUUUGUACAUGCUGUUGAGCAUCAUUAUUGCUGCUGGCAAAAAGCUAAGCAAAACUUACCUUGAUGUUAAUGGGUAUCUGGGAUUCGAUAGUGUCACAUUUUCACAGCCAGUUUGCAACUGGAGUUUUUUAGUUGUUAUCAUCAGUGUCAAAAUGUAUGAUAAAAGUACUUUGCUUAAAUGCCAGAAACUGAAAAUUUCAGCAUUAUAAUAUCCUUUACAGUUUGCGUAGCUGUUACUUCUGCAGAAAACAGUAUCUUCAUGAAAGAUAUCUUGUCAGUUGCCCACCUGCCUUAGCCAGUACACCUUGUGUUAAUGACUAGGGUUAAAGUAUGUACAUUCUUCCUCCUCCUCCUCUGUUGCAAGCUCAAGCAUGCCGAAAAGCAUCAGCUUGAAUCCACAAUAAAUAAGUGGAACAAGUUUUCGGUACCAAAAAAGUAUUAUUCCUGGAUGUUUUUGUAGACUGUCAGCCAGCAGCAAGUUCACCAUCUGAACAGAUGGUUGCAUGAAGCACUCACUCAGACUAGCUCUUUUGGUAAUCUUUUUCCCUCCUUGUUUCAGGUAAUAUUACCAGUCAAUAACAAUUAUGUGUGCCUUUUUAGUACCUGUAACAUUAUAUAAUAUUUUGGGGUGCCCACUAACAUUGAGGUUGAGCUACAUGAGGUAUUGGGAUUGGUGAUCAAGGUCAAAGGAGGGCUUUAAGGGACAUCCUGAAGAAGGAAAAAAAAGAGAUUUAGGAAUGAAGUUACAGACCUCCAUGAUUACAAAUCUGAGAUUAUGAGUGAAGUAAAUGGAAACUGGGAAUCCACAAGGACUGGAGGCGGUUACAGAGUUAGGGAGGGUCCAGACCCUGAAGAAGCUUGAGAAAACCCACUACUUUCUACACCUGCUAUGGGCUGUUGAAUAAACUACAUAAUGCCAGCAAAUAUUCUGCUAUUUUAGCUCUGAUUAUGAAGGUUUGACAUUAAAUACUAUUGCAAAUGUUAACAGGAUUUAAUCCGACACUGCAGUCAAGAGCUGAGGAAGUAUUAGACUGUCAGGAGAAUUGCCUUUGAAUGGGGUGCUUAAUGAAACUCCAUCUAUCAGUCAAAAAAACAUGGCAAAAAAAAAAGAAGAACACUUACUACCAGUGUUCUGGCUAAAUUUAUUUUGCAGUGCUACUAAUGUGAAAAUACAAAUCUUGUAUACAAAUUAGUUGUGUGCAGUCUAAUCUGGAAUAUGUAAUUGAUUGUAAAAAGUCUCUGCAAAUUCUGUUUUUGUGUGGUGAAGAAGUGGACAGCAUUUUAUUAUCUGUUCCAAUGGUGGUAUCUGUUAUGACAGCUUAUUUCCCUAUGGAAACAUCUUGACUACCACUCUGAUAAUCACUCUGCAAAAUUUCUUAGAGUAGCCUUUGUUAUGCAAUGUGUUUCCUGUGAUGGAAUUGACUUGUACGUAUAUACAAUGUAUGUGUGCAGGUAUUUUCCCAUGGGAAACCAACCCUGCCAAGUAAUCCUACUAACAGGUAUAGUUCUCCACAAAGCCUGGCACAUUUUUGGAAUACAGCCAAGGCUGAAAUCUUUUUUUUAAACUGACACAAAAUCUAUAGUUUUGGAAGCUUUAUGAAGUUCUGAUUCAAUCACUGUUAUCUAACUACAAGAUAGACAAGUCUUUUAAUAUGAGUACCUUAUGGGGCAGUUGCUCAUUUUGUUCAUUUUCAGAAGAUCAGAAUGCCAGUUCUUUCAUUGCAGAUAUACAUUGUGUUUUCAUUGUCAAUUCAAUGGCUGUACAUGAAAAUAUUUUCACAAUGACAAACCUGACACUGUUCUUUACAGUUCCACAGGUUUCAUAACCCUAACUCUGCAUUUUUGAAUAAACACCUAUUUUGUUUGAA